CGUUCAAUCGGCAAAGCUCGUGCUGUCCUCGUUUUUUUCCAGUCGUGUGACAGACAGCUUCGCGAGUAGUGUCAUUUUGAGAAAAUCGAAGUUCUUCUAUUGAACUUCAAUCUAAAUUGGUUUUUGAUUUUCAUCUAACAAAAACAACAUGGGAGUACCCCCUGGCAAUUCUGAGAAUGGAAAGAAGAUCUUUGUGCAACGAUGUGCUCAAUGUCACACUGUCGAAGCUGGUGGCAAACACAAAGUGGGCCCAAAUCUGAAUGGCUUCUUUGGCCGUAAAACUGGUCAAGCGGCCGGAUUCUCUUACUCAGACGCCAACAAAGCCAAGGGGAUCUCCUGGAAUGAAGACACACUAUUUGAAUAUUUGGAGAACCCCAAAAAAUACAUCCCCGGAACCAAAAUGGUGUUUGCUGGCCUAAAGAAGGCCAAUGAACGUGCAGACCUCAUUGCUUACCUAAAAGAAGCGACAAAGUAAAAAUCCUCACAAUCAUCUUAUAGAAGAAAAUAAAGUAGGAAGUGCUCUCUAUAAAUAUGGAAAUCACUUCUUAUUUUUAGCCCAAUCAGUAUCUGCAAUGUUAAAAUUGCACAACAUAUAGGAAAUAUUAAUUUAUUACUUAACCAAUUAAGUAGAUGCUGUGAGUACAAGUUAUGUGUGGACUAUCUUUAAUCGCCUACUCAAUUAGCAAUGUUGUGAAUGGAAAUGUAUUAAAUUAAUAAUAAACACCACACUUCUUUUCAUUUAAUGAAGGUCCUUCAUUACAUAUAAUGAACUUGAAAAUGUCGAAGAUGUUGUCCAUGUUACCAAUUAGUUAAUGUUAUUUAAAUUAUAAUUUUAAUAAAGAAAUUUUAAGUUCAA